AUGCGUUUCAAAAUACAUGCAUGCCUUUUCUUUUUAAUAAUAAUAUCAGAAGAAAUCCUUGCAAUUAAUAAUAUACAUAAUCUUAAACUUUAUAGAAAACGCGCAAUUAAUCAAAAUGCCUUUGAGGAUUGUUUAAAACCAAUAACCGGUGAAAAAGUAUUCAAAUCAAGUCCCAAUUACAACUCUACAAUCAUCGAUGAAAACUCUGCUAUAGAAUUCUUGCCCAACGCCAUCGUAUUUCCAAAUUCAGUUAAAGACAUACAAUUAGCUAUCGAAUGCGCUAAAUCCUUCAACUUAAAUAUAACACCAAGAUCAGGCGGGCAUUCCUACGAGAGUUAUUCGUUGGGUGGCAAAGAUGGUGCUUUGGUGGUUGAUUUGAAAAAUUUCAAUCAGAUACAGAUCGACAAAACCAACAAUUUAGUUAAGGUUGGUGCUGGUAAUAGGCUUGGAAAUAUUUAUUUUGCUUUAUCUAAAGAUAAUUAUGUGGUGCCAGCCGGAACUUGCCCUUCAGUUGGUAUUUCUGGCCAUAUUUUAGGUGGUGGAAUUGGAAAUUUGGUAAGAAAAUUCGGUAAAUUGUCGGAUCAAUUAGUAUCGGUGGAAAUGGUGCUCGCAUCCGGUGAAUCCAUUACAGUCGAUACAAAUAAUCGUCCGGAUUUAUUUUUUGGAUUGAGAGGUGGUGGCGGUGGUAAUUUUGGAAUCGUCACAUCUUUCACAAUCAGAAUUCACCAAAUUGUUCCAAAAGUCACCACAAUUGGUAUUACAUGGGAUCUAACCACUCAACAACUACAUAAAGUUUUCAAUUCAGUGCACAAAAACAGCAAUGGACUCACGACAGAUCUUACAUUCAAUGUCGUACUCACGUCAGAUGAAAUUGCACUUUCUGGUGUAUAUUUGGGCGAUAAGAAUUCUGCAUCAAAAGUAAUGAAUGCAUUUUUAAAUGAUGUUGGUUCUGAAGGUUUGCAAUUGUUCGAAGAAUCGUGGUUUGAUUCGGUGGUUAGAAUUUCGUUUGAGUCAAGAGCUAGAAAUAUAAAUCCGAAAAUUACACCUUAUAACUUUAAAGCUAAAUCCUUCUUGGUCGGAAAAUCAGGGUUAUCAACCAAUGGUCUAGACACAUUAGUGGAAUUUCUAAAGAAAAUCCCAUGUGAUACAUUUGCUGAAUUCGAUGUAUUCGCUGGUGGUAUUAAUGUCAAUCCUAAUAAAUCAAUCUUACAACAUUUGGAUUUCUUCUACGGUAUACAAUUAUUAACAUCGGGUUGGAAAUCAGACAAACAAGGAAACGUUUGUAUUAAACAAAUUAACGAUUUCGGUAAAUCAUUCCAACGUGAUUUCACAUCUCCUUCCAGUUACAUAAAUUAUAUAGAUAGGGAUUUAGACGAUUGGCCAACUAGAUAUUAUGGUGACAAUUUAAAAACUUUACAAAUUUUGAAAUCAAAUGUUGAUCCACAACAAUUAUUUAAAUUUCCUCAAAGUAUCCCUAUAUAA